AUGGACGAUGAGGAAGACUAUUCUUUUUAUUCAAAGUUGAGGAUUAAUCAAGAAAAAGCUUCAAAAAGAGAUUCAAUGAAAUUAAGUCCAGAGAAAUUAACUUUUUCUGGUAAUUUUACACAAAAACAAAAGAUAUUCAAUAUAAACUUACCCGAAAGACGAGCCAGUAUGAAAAAGGAUAUUAUGGACACUGUUUUGAAGAGGACAGAAUCUAAAAUGAUGUCUUUGAAGAGUCAAGAAAGAGAUGAUGGUGAUGAGUUUGUUGAUGAUAAUCCUAUGUAUGAAGACCCUAGAGAUGUUAUUGGACAGAAGCCGGCUAAACCUCCAAGGAAACGUAAUCUUCAAGGUGUUGCUGUUGCUUCUCCAAAGCUCAGCAAAGAGGGAAAGUCACUUCUGAAAGAACAGAAGAGAAAAUUAACUAAGAAAUAUGAGAGUCUCAUCACAACACUUAUGGAUAGAUGCGAAGAUAAUAUUGUCAUGAUAUCUGAAAGGGAUUCGACUAUAGCAAAGUUGAAGGAGAAACUUAAAACAGUUUUAGAGUAUAACAAACUAUUUGCUGAAGAGAAUGAUCAACUCAAGACCCAGUACACUACGCUAGUGAAGUAUGUAGAAGAGUGUAAACAAGUGAUAAAGGAUGAGAGAGACAGAUGUGAGGUGUUGGAGUCCAAAUGCAAAGAGUUGGGGGAUAAAGUGAAACAGUAUGAAGUACCUGAUAGAGAUCACUCGCCGCCUAUCACAGCGGUACCUUUAGUUGAAGUAUGUAUGAAGUGUAGCAGUCGCCAGAUCAUAUUAAACCAGGCGAGAGAGCAGAACUCCAGGUUGCAGAAAGACAUGCAGGCUCUGAAAGAUGUCCUUUACAGAUUGAACGUCCAGCUGUCUCGUUAUCAGGAGAAACUGCGCAGUGGAUCACGUAAAGUUUCAGACGAUAAAGGUGAUUUCGUACACAAACCGAGUGACAAGUAUGAUGCGCUGGACUCGUUGAUUACCACAAGUUUGGGGUAUAAAGCUCCCGAAGGUGGCAAUGAUGAGACAUAUACAAAAAGCAAUGCUGAUGACCAUACUCAGGCUGGAAGAUUGGUAGAUCUGUCUGGUUUGCUCAGUGCUCAAGCACUAGCCCCACUCUUCGACGCUUACCAAGAGAACUUGCAAGAGAAAGACAGCCUUAUAAUAGAUUAUGAAAAACAAUUCGAAAUGAUGAACAAGAAAUCUAAACAAAUAGUGGAGGAAAACAAAGCAUUGUCGGAGAAGGUAGUUAUCUUGGAGAGGGAGUUGAUGCAAGUGAGACAGAGUCAGAAAAAGUUAUACGUGGAGAAAGAGACGGUGGAUAUUGAGAAGGCUACUUUAAUUGAACGGGCUCAGAAAGCGGAGAACAAACUGAAGGAGGUUUACGAGAUGUAUGAAGAUAAAAUAUGUAAAAAUUCUCCUAUAAUAUUAGUGUCAGCAAUGAUGCGGGAUUACGAGACCGUACAUCGCGAGUACUUCGCCACCAGGAGUGCGUUGGAAGCCACCGAAGGGAAACUGGCCCAGCUGGACGUGUUCCGGGCCAGAACUGUACCCGCAGACUUACAUGAACGUAGGCUCGACCACUGCAAGAGUGGUGCACCACACUCUAUAUCACUUGUUCGCGAGACAAACGCGUCGAUCGCCGUGAUACUUGACUUCUCAGCUUUUAUAUAUUGGGAGCUACGUCUGCUCGACCCGGCUGCGAUUGCGGAAGUGAGUUUACAAUAUUCUCGGAUUACCCCCAAGGACUUCAGAUAA